AUGUCAUUAGACGCUCUCGAACACUUUUCCCUCGUGUCGAAGGUGUGCGGAGAGUUGGAAAAUCAUUUUGGACUUGCCGAUAAAAAUGUUGCGGAGUUUGUUAUUGAUUUAGCAAAAGAAAGCAAAACAUUUGACAAGUUUAAAAAAACUCUCGAAGAGCAGGGACUUGGAGAUCAGUUUGAUGAUUCUUUGACUGCAACAAUACUUAGAAUUGUACAACAAAUGACAAAGCCAGUGAAAAAGUCAAAAACUGGAGCGCAAAUCUCUGACACACACAAAAUCACUUUAAUUUCUGAUGCUAAGGAAGAGAUUAAAGCCCGUUUACCAGCUUUGGCUAUGGCAAACACUGUUAAAGUUGAAGAAAAAGAAUCAGAAAACAAAGGCUCGGAUUUAUUAGCACAACUAGAACAGAUGGAAGGCAAAUGGGAGGAGCAAACGAACAAAAUGAAGCAAGCUGAAAAACGAAAGCGUUCACGGAGCAGGGCCGUCGAGAAAGCUCAAGAGACCGUGAUCGUCGCAGAAGAAGGAGUCGAAGCAGAGAUCGAAGGAGUCGAAGCAGAGAUCGAAGGAGUCGCAGUAGGGAACGUAGAAGUAGCAGAGAGAGAAGGAGAAACAGAAAUCGGAAAAAUCUAUGAUGGAACGGUCAGCAGCAUUCAAAGUUUUGGGGCUUUUAUCCAAUUAGACGGCCUCCGUCAACGCCAAGGAGGUCUUUGUCAUAUUUCGCAAUUGAAAAAUGAACGGGUCCAAUCCGUAGCUGACGUGCUGAAACGGGGACAAAAAGUGAAAGUGAAGGUGAUCAGAAUGGAAAAUGACAAAAUUUCGCUUUCGAUGAAGGAGGUUGAUCAGAGAACCGGUGAGGAUUUGAAUCCUAAGGAAUCCGAUCUUGCACCUGAUGCUAUUGGCGUUCGUGACCGUAGUCCUGGCGCUAUGCCGAGCUGGAUGAACCCUGAAAGUGGCCCAACUUCAUCGUCAUUGCCGUCGUCAAGUUCCGGCAAAACACGAGUGCGCAUCUCAACUCCUGAACGAUGGGAACUUCGACAAAUGCAAGGCGCUGGUGUGAUUUCUGCAACAGAUAUGCCAGAUUUCGACGAGGAAAUGGGAGUUCUCAAAAACUUUGAUGAAGAGUCGGAUGGAGAAGAUGUGGAAAUUGAACUAGUUGAAGAAGAACCUGAUUUUCUUAAAGGCUAUGGAAAAGGAAAUGUUGAAAUUGAGCCAGUGAAAGUUGUCAAAAAUCCUGAUGGAAGUUUGGCUCAAGCGGCACUAAUGCAGGGAGCGUUGUCGAAAGAAAGGAAAGAAGCGAAAAUACAAGCGCAGCGAGAGAAGGAUCAAGACAAUGGUCGAUCUGGAUUCACGGCCAGCUCCAGAAUCCAUGAUCCAAUGGCUGCCGACAAUACCCAAACCUGGACUAUUGACGAAAGUCGUGAGCGUAAGAGAGAUAGAGAUAUGCCUGAAUGGUUACGACAUGUUACUGCUGGCGGUAAAGCGACAUACGGUAAAAGAACCAAUUUGAGCAUGAUUGAGCAGCGAGAAAGUCUUCCAAUUUUUGCACUGAAAAGAAAACUUAUCGAAGCAAUGCUUGAUAAUCAAAUUCUCGUUGUCGUUGGAGAGACAGGAUCCGGCAAAACGACACAAAUGACACAAUAUGCUGUAGAAGCUGGACUUGUGCGACGUGGAAAAAUUGGAUGCACGCAGCCAAGACGUGUCGCUGCCAUGUCGGUUGCGAAAAGAGUUGCAGAAGAGUACGGUUGCAAGCUUGGAACUGAAGUCGGCUACACUAUUCGUUUUGAGGAUUGCACUAGCCAAGAUACUAUUAUUAAAUACAUGACUGAUGGUAUGUUACUUCGAGAAUGUCUCAUCGAUCCGGAUUUGUCGGCGUAUUCGCUAAUUAUGCUUGACGAGGCUCACGAACGCACUAUUCACACGGAUGUCCUAUUUGGAUUGCUAAAAGCCGCUGCGAAGAAGCGAAAAGAUCUUAAGCUCAUUAUUACUAGUGCUACUUUGGAUUCGGUGAAGUUCUCAGAAUACUUUAUGGAAGCUCCGAUCUUCACAAUUCCUGGUCGAACAUUCCCGGUCGAGAUUUUGUAUACGCGCGAACCGGAAUCCGACUAUCUCGAAGCUGCCCAUAUCACUGUCAUGCAAAUUCAUUUGACUGAGCCUCCUGGCGAUAUUCUUGUGUUCUUAACUGGUCAGGAAGAAAUUGAUACAUCGUGUGAAGUACUGUACGAACGCAUGAAGUCGUUAGGACCAGAUGUGCCAGAGCUGAUCAUUUUACCUGUCUACGGAGCACUGCCAAGCGAGAUGCAGACUAGAAUUUUCGAACCAGCGCCGCCUGGAAAACGAAAAGUCGUUAUUGCAACAAACAUUGCUGAGACAUCGCUUACCAUUGAUGGUAUCUUCUAUGUGGUUGAUCCUGGAUUUGUGAAGCAGAAGAUUUACAAUCCGAAGAGCGGAAUGGAUUCUUUGGUAGUUACACCAAUUUCUCAAGCAGCAGCUAAACAACGGGCUGGACGUGCCGGAAGAACAGGACCCGGAAAGUGUUACCGGUUGUACACUGAGCGAGCAUACCGUGAUGAAAUGCUCCCCACACCCGUCCCUGAAAUUCAGCGAACAAACUUGGCAUCGACUUUACUUCAACUAAAAGCGAUGGGAAUCAAUAAUUUGAUUGAUUUCGAUUUCAUGGAUGCUCCACCGCUCGAUUCGAUGAUUACUGCCCUUAAUACACUUCAUACACUAUCAGCACUCGAUAAUGAUGGCCUUCUAACAAAACUGGGAAGAAGGAUGGCCGAAUUCCCAUUGGAACCUUCACUUGCCAAGUUGCUCAUUAUGUCUGUCGAUCUCGGAUGCUCAGAAGAAGUCUUAACAAUUGUUGCAAUGUUGAAUGUACAAAACGUCUUCUAUCGACCGAAGGAAAAACAAGAACUUGCCGAUCAGAAGAAGGCGAAAUUCCAUCAACCGGAAGGAGAUCAUCUAACCCUUCUUGCCGUGUACAAUUCUUGGAAACAUCAUCAUUUCUCGCAGCCGUGGUGUUUUGAGAAUUUCGUACAAGUGCGAAGUAUGAAAAGAGCGCAGGAUAUUCGAAAGCAGCUUCUUGGAAUCAUGGAUCGCCACAAAUUGAAUAUGGUGAGCUGUGGACGAGAUGUGCAACGGGUACAGAAGGCGAUUUGUUCCGGCUUCUUCAGAAACGCGGCGAAGAGAGAUCCACAGGAAGGAUACCGUACUCUUGUGGAUGGUCAGAAUGUGUAUAUUCACCCGUCAUCAGCUGUAUUCCAACAUCAGCCGGAAUGGGUCGUUUACCAUGAGCUUGUCAUGACAACAAAGGAAUAUAUGAGAGAAAUAACCGCAAUCGAUCCGAAAUGGCUCGUCGAAUUCGCUCCGUCAUUCUUCAAAAUCGGCGAUGCCACCAAAUUGUCUACAUUCAAACGCAAUCAGCGCAUCGAUCCAUUGUACGACAAAUUUGCCGAUCCGAACGCUUGGCGUAUUACCCACGUCAAAAAGCGUAUAUACAAUCCGAACAAGUGA